CGGUUGUCCUUCUCUGUUUCUAGUCGGAAACAUUAAGGGACGGAAACCAAACAGCCACGUAGUAGAAGGCGAAACGCUCGAUAAGUCUUUGGAAGUGUGCCUGGACACCCUACAGCCUCUAAGAACUGGCCUGGCUCUUCGGAAGAUGGUUUGAGACAUUGUUUACAAAGGGGCACUAGCAAUACAGUGUCUGUUCAGUUUCGUAAUGGAAAUGGAUAUUACAGCAGCAGAAGCGAUUCAGAUGGAAAGCACGGCUCAUCAACAAGACGAAGUUAUAAAAUCCAAAGAGACUGAAGCUGAUGCUGUGGACAGUGAAGCACAGUCGCUGAAGCAACAAGGACAGGAGAAAACCAAGGGUGCAGCAGGGGGCGUUCAUAAUGGUCCUGUCAAUGCAGAUGCGGUGCCAAAUGGAGACAGAGUGGCAGAGGGCUCAGGCGCUGCUGGGGACUCCCAUCUGAACGGUCCCCUGCCUCCGUCAGAGCCUCCCCAGAGCACCAGCUCCCCUGUCAACACCCAGACCCAAGAGCACCCUCCAGGUGUGGCUGCUUUCCCACCCAUGAUGCUAGAGAAGUCUGAGGGAGCUAGUGCUGAGGUCACGGUUCACAAGGGUGAAGCAUUGCAGUCACUCAGACUAAGUAUUCCUAUGCAGGAGACUGAAUUGUCCAACCAGGAGCCAAAACUGGAAAUGGAGAAUGAGGAGAAGAUUCGCCUGGAGGCUCGUCGGCGUCUGGAGGAGCAGCUCAAACAGUACAGAGUGCAGAGACACAAAGAGAGGUCUCACCGCACUGCCCCAAAGAGCAGGCCGUCAAGCACUCUGGAUCCAGAACUCAUGCUACACCCUGAGGCUCUGCCCCGGGCCAGUACAGUUGCCAUGACCAAGGAGUAUUCAUUCCUGAGGACAAGUGUCCCUCGAGGGCCCAAAUUGGGUAGCCUUGGCAUUCCCCUUUCCAAGGAGCGGAAGUCAGACCCCCCCCGCACCAGCAAGAUCCACUCCCUUGCUGACUAUAAGGCUCCUGAAAAUGAUGGUGGAGGAGGAGGAUUAAGGACAGCAGACAGCACCGUGGCCUCUGUCCAGUCCACCAUCAGCUCGGUGUCCACUCUGUCCGAGGUCAGCUUGAUGUCCGAGAUCAGCUCCAGUGAGGCUGAAGGUGCUUCUCUCCAGGUCGGAGAUAAUGUCUCAGAGAUCGACGGCAGUGAAUCAGGAAUGAGACCAGGAAACGAUGGCAACGACAGUGACAGUUCCUCUUACAGCAGCGUGUCCACAAGGGGGACCUACGGUAUGCUUUCCGCAGCAGUGGACAGGCAGCAGGGACCGUACACAGUGGAGGGAAGGGAGAUUGCCCCCGAAGCCAUGGGUCAGUUCCCCUCCCUGCAGGAGGUACUGCAGGCAGCCAGUGAGGAGCAGCACCUGCUGGAGCUCGAGCAGGAGAGGGAGGGUGCAGUGGAGCCUCGCAGCCGCAGAGACAGUUUCUCCAGCAGUGUUUCUUUGGAGAGCUCAGUGAUGGGCCAUGAUGAAAUGCUCCAGGUGUUGAAGGAGAAAAUGAGACUGGAGGGCCAGCUGGAGGCCUUGUCAUCUGAAGCCAGUCAGGCGCUCAAGGAGAAGACAGAGCUACAGGCUCAGUUGGCCACAGUAAACGCCCAACUGCAGGCUCAGAUGGAACAGGCUCGGGCGAGCCAGGAGAAGCAGAGUGCCCUCACCACGGAGGUUGGCUCCCUGCGGCAGAACUGCAGUCAGCUAGAGAAGGCCAUGGUGGAGCUUCAGGGCAGCCUGGAGAGCAAGAACGCCAGCCUGGCUUCCCUCGGCAAUGACCUGCAGGUUGCCGAGGAGCAGUACAGCAGGCUGAUGGGCAAGGUGGAAGAGAUGCAAAAGACAGUCACCUCCAAGGAAAAUACUGUCCAGGAGUUACGUCAGCAGAUGGGUGGUCUUCACAGCCAGCUUCAGCAGGUCCAGUUAGAGCGCAGCACCCUGCAGAGCCGACUGAAGACCUCCCAGGCAGAGAUUGACUCGCUCCAGCAGGUCAGACAGUGGUACCAGCAGCAGCUCGCACUGGCCCAGGAGGCAAGAGUACGGCUGCAGGGCGAAAUGGCCAACAUGCAGGCUGGGCAGAUGACGCAGAUUGGCGUUCUGGAACAUCUGAAGCUGGAGAACGUGACAUUGUCACACCAACUCACUGAGACCCAGCACCGCUCCAUCAAAGAGAAGGAGCGUAUUGCUGUUCAGCUGCAGAGCAUUGAGGCUGACAUGCUGACGCAGGAGGCUGCUUACCAGCAGAUACAGGAUGCCAAGACCAUGGUGGAGGACGAUCUGCAGCACAAACUGGAGGAGUUUGAAGAAGAGCGUGAGCGCUUAUUGAAAUUGGCCAACACAGCCAGCACUCUGGAAAGGGAACUAGAGCAGGUGAAGUUGACCCUCUCCCAGAAGGAUGUGCAGCUGGAGUCCCUCCAGAAGGAACAUCUCGAGCUGAUGCGUCAGUUGACCACCACGCAGGAGAGCCUGCACACCAAAGAGCAGUCCAUCAACCAGCUGGAGGCCCGCUACCUGGAGCUGGAGGCCCAGCUGGCCGAGCUGCAAACUGAGAGCAGCGCCAAGGACGACAACAUCCAGUUCCUCCAAAACGAGAAAAUUGUCCUGGAGGUGGCACUGCAGGCAGCCCGGGCCGACAAGAGCCAGCUGGAUGAGGGUGCCGAGCGGCUGGGUGAGGACGUGCUGGUGGCGGCCGACAUCCUUGAUCAGCUCAAACAGGAAGUCCAAAUCAAAACCUCUCAGAUUGAAACUCUACAGCAGGAAAACAGCACUCUAAAGAAACAAGCUCAGAAAUUUAAGGAGCAGUUCCAACAACAAAAGGUGAUGGUUGAAGCCUACCGCCGAGACGCCACCUCCAAAGACCAGCUGAUCAGUGAGCUCAAGUCCACCAAAAAGCGGCUGGUGGCGGAGGUGAAGGACCUGAAGGAGGAGCUGCUGGGCGUCCAGGGCGAGAGGCAGAAGGCGGAGCUGGAGCAGACACGGCUGCAGCAGGAGGUGGUGAGGGUGCAGGAGCAGAUGAACAGCCUGGAGGCCCAUCUGCAGGCCGUUCAGAAAGAGAGGGAUCAGCUGGAGACGCAGAUACAGUCUCUACAGUUUGACCAGAGCCAGCUAGCAGCUGUGACGGAGGAGAACGAGGGACUGAGGAAGCAGGUGGAGCAAAUGCAGGGAGACGCCAAAAAAGCCAUCUCAGAGCAGAAGGUGCGCAUGAAGCGGCUGGGGUCGGAUUUGACCAGCGCGCAGAAGGAAAUGAAGGCCAAACACAAGGCCUACGAGAACGCCGUGGGCAUCCUGAGCAGGAGGCUCCAGGAGGCCCUGACUGACAAGGAGACAGCCGAGGCAGAGCUGGUUAAACUCAAGGCCCAGGUGUCAGACGGGGGGAACAACCAGGCCCUACAGGAGAAGAUAGAGGCUCUGCAGACUGAGCUGCAGGCUGUGAGCCACAGCAAAACCAUGCUGGAGAAGGAGCUGCAGGAGGUGAUCACCCUGACGUCCACCGAGCUGGAGGAGUACCAAGAGAAGGUCCUGGAGCUAGAGGAUGAGCUCCAGGAGUCACGAUGCUUCAAGAGGCGGAUUCGGAAGUUGGAGGAUGCCAACAAGAAGCUAGCACUCGAGCUGGAGCAUGAAAAAGGGAAACUCACCGGACUAGGACAGUCCCACAAUGCUCUGCGGGAGCAUGCCAACAUUUUGGAAACUGCCUUAGCAAAGAGAGAGGCGGAUCUUGUCCAGCUCAACUUGCAGGUUCAAGCUGUCUUGAAACGCAAAGAGGAGGAGGACCAGCAGAUGAAGCAGGUUGUACAAACUCUGCAGCUCGCCUUGGAAAAGGAGAAGGCUAAAGUCAAGGACCUCAAAGAACAGGUGGCAGCAGCAAAGGCUGAGGCAGCCCAUAACAGGCGGCACUACAGGGCAGCCAUGCUGGAGCUCUGUGAGAUCAAGAAAGACCUGCAAGCCAAAGAGGAGCUGGUCAAAGCCCUGCAGAGUGAAGCCCUCAAACUACAGGCUCAGGAUGAGCAGCACUCUCAGGAGGUGUCCCGGUUCCAGGAGGAGCUGGCGGAGGCCCACUCACAGCUCCAGAUCCUCCAGAAGCAACUGGAUGAAGAACUGGCCAAGCAGCCCCUCACUAACCAAGAGGUGGAGGAUCUGAAGUGGGAGGUGGAGCAGAGGCAGCACGAGAUUGAGGCCCAGAAGCAACAGUUAGAGUUGUUGGAGCAGUGCAACCACAGGGAGCUGGACAACCUACAGACAGCUCUGCAGAACAUCAAGGUGGAGCUGGAGUCAGUGCAGGAGGAGCUGACCAGCACCAGGAAGGAUAAGUUCAUGCUGCAGGCCAAGGUGGGCGAGCUGAGGAACAGUAUGAAGACGUUGCUGCUGCAAAACCAGCAACUCAAACUGGACCUCAAACAAAACCGUCUGAGGAAGCAGCGCAUGGAGCUGAAAGGCGAGGGGAACCCAUCCAACCCGGUGACACCGGUGAAGAUCCCAGAUUGCCCAGUGCCUGCCUCCCUACUGGAUGAGUUGCUGAAACCUGCAGCUUCUGUCAACAAGGAACCUCUUAACAACCUGCACAGCUGUCUACGACAGCUCAAGGAGGAGAUGGACAGCCUUCAGAGGCAGAUGGAGGAGCACACGGUAACGGUACACGAGUCCAUGAACUCAUUGCCCAACACAGAGGAGGACCUGGCUCAGCUGGGGCUGCGGAACGUCUCCAAGUCAUCACCACCACUAAACAACAAGGUGGUGGAGAAUAAUAACCAAGCGGAGCCGGAGGCACAGCCAUCAUAACAUACUGUAGGAACUUUUCUCAGGCCAACAGAGGGAGAGUGGAGUUUUAUCCACAAGGGCACUUUUUUUUAGCCUUUCUAGCCCAUUAUUAUUUCCUUUCUCUUUUCUUAACAAUUGCUGCCAACAUUUGGCAUUCUCCCAUUAGCACAGAGGUGCUUACUCAAAGUAAUACUUUCUAUACCAUAGCUUUAUUCGUCUCCUUAUUUGAUGGUCGUCUAUAUUUUUGUUAUGCUAUUGGUUGUCAUAUUUAUUUAUUUACAUUUCAGGAAUUACAGUUUCCCAACUGAAAGACUCUUUAAGAGGCUUCCCCAUCUGCAGUUGUAUUGUUGUAGGUCUACUGUUAAAUUAUUCCAAUAUGCCAAUUUUUCCCAGUUAGGCAGAUUAACUGACUAAAAGGUAUUAUUAAUCCUCCUCCUCCUGGUAAUACUGAAUAAGUGAUGCUGCUAGAAAAUGCCCAGCAUUACUAUAAGCAGUGUUCUUGGUGACUACAAAGGCAGCAAGCCCUGCACCACGCCGCCUAUGAACUGUUCUUCCAUUUCCUUGUGCCUGUGUAGGAAUGAAGUCACUCACCUGUGAUUUAUGUAGGUUGUCAGAAUUCACAUUUCGCACAAUUCGCAGUUUGUGAUGAAACACGAUCGCUCCUUUCUGUUAAACUACAAGUCCUGCACAAUCGUUAGUUUUUCUUCUAUCGCCUCUUGUUAAACUGCAGUGUUUGCUAAGCUUGCUACAAUGAUAUCAUCUUUUAUUUUUCAACUCUAUGAAAACUGUUGGAGGUGUGUUGUCUGGCUUGGACUGCUGUAAUGUGUAUGCAAAAAGCCUUAAAGAAUCUUUAAUAUACUGUAAAAGGACUAAAUUUAUUUGAAUGAACAUAUUUCUACUUCAAGUGUGUGCAAAAUGUAAUAUAGGUUAUAUUGUAUGGUUACGUUGUGUGCAACUCUGUACUGAAUGGUUUAUUGUAAAAUAUGUGGGUCACAUCAACUGACAUUGCACAAUGGAGGAAAACUUGCAGAACUGACUGGGAGAGGAAGUUGUGAGAUGAAGCAAAAAAUGUUACUACUUCUAAUAGUAGAGUGCAAUCCAGUAUAUACAUUUUUUUGUUGUUACAUUUUUUUUGCAUAUUUACAAAAAAAAAAAAAAAAAAAGCUCACAUCUAAAUCAGUUGUUAAAUUCCUUUUACAGUUGGCUCACAGUUAAGGGAAAAAGGUUAAUUGUUUGCAGAGGUUAAUAUAUAUGAAUAUACUUCCUUUUUGUAUGACUGUAAAUUCAUCAUAAUUGUUUAAUAAUGUAAAGAGGGUGAAAUGGAAAAUGCUAUCAAACGCAACACAUAAACCAAAGCAGAUGGUAACUGCUGGAGGUGAUUUAAAAUUGAGUGUAGAACUGAUCUGUGGACAGUAUCACACCAUCUAGCGUGUAAAGACUAUUUUUAACAACAAUGUAUGCUCAUGUACUUCCCAAGGGACAAACUACAUUUAAGGGAGAAUGCUGAUCCGGGACUAAUUAUAACCAAUAUAUUAAUACACUCUGAACAAUCUUUUGGACAGCAAUGACUGUAUCUUCUUCCACACUACCUUGCCAUGAGGUAGUCCUUAAUAACGACUGGGGCGCCUGAGCGCUGUGCAUAAAGCUUGCUGUAUUUGCUGUUAAAUCUUUUAAAUCUGUAAAGGUUUGAAUAGAUUCAUUCCGAUGUUUAACAUUUAUAUCCGGAGAUGUCAUUGUACUUAUCUCAUAAAAUUGCACUAUUCACCA